CUCUCCCUUCCUCUGUCACUUCUCCUGUAAAUUUCCCCUUCAUCCGAGGAGCUCCUGGCUGAGGUAAGAACCUGGAUUAAAGCCGUUGCCUCUCGCGGAUUCUCUCGGGAAUGUGAUUUGUUCACUCGCAAACGAGUGUUUUCGCAUUCCUUAAUUUGCAUUCUCUUGUCAAACCCGAUUUUGUUGCUGUCUUCUUCGUGAGCACUUCGAUCAAUGGCGGAAAGGAGAUUACGCGUGGGGUAUGCCCUCGCAUCUAAGAAGCAGAAUAGCUUUAUUCAGGACUCGUUUGUAGCCCUCGCUAAAUCUCGUGGUGUGGACCUCGUACGGGUCGAUACAGAGCGCUCGCUGUUGGAUCAGGGUCCCUUCGAUUGUGUUCUUCACAAAUUGUACGGCGACAAUUGGAAGAGGCAGUUGCGCGAGUUCAAGGGAGAGUACCCUAAUGCGCUGAUUCUCGACUCGCCUGAGGCGAUUGAGAGACUCCAUAACCGGAUUUCCAUGCUGCAGGUGGUGUCCGAGUUGACAAUUGAGGACGGGGCCGAUACCUUCGGGAUUCCUAAGCAGAUUGUCAUAUACGACAGUGAAACGCUGUUUGAUCGGCAGGCGUGGGAGACGUUGAAGUUUCCGGUGAUUGCGAAGCCUUUGGUGGCUGACGGGAGCGCCAAGUCUCACAAAAUGGCGCUUGUUUAUAACCAUGAUAGCUUGAACAAGCUGAAGCCACCCAUAGUGUUGCAGGAGUUUGUGAACCAUGGAGGAGUCAUUUUUAAAGUGUAUGUGGUGGGACAGUACGUUAAAUGCGUCAAGAGGAAGUCUUUGCCGGAUGUCUCAGAGGAUAAGUUGGCGGUUUCAGGAGACUUGUUGUCUUUCUCUCAGGUUUCGAAUUUGGCCACUAAUGAGAGGAUAGAUGAUAGGUAUUACAAGAUGAUGCGGUUGGACAACACAGCGAUGCCUCCGCUGAACUUCAUUACCGAGAUAGCUCGGGGUUUGAGGCACGCAUUGAAGUUGAACCUUUUUAACUUCGAUGUGAUUCGGGACUCUAGAAAUGUGAAUCGGUAUCUCAUCGUCGACAUUAACUACUUCCCUGGGUAUGCCAAGAUGCCCGACUACGAGACUGUGUUGACAGACUUUUUCUGUGAUAUAAUGUUCAUGAAACAUAAGGAAGAGGUAGAGAGUCCGGAUGAGAUUGACAGCACAGUGAAUACUGGCAUGGAUAGUUGUCAGGUGAUCAGAAAAAUAUUAAGCAAUACAUGUGGUGAUGGGGAUGACGGAAGCCUUCAAGUUUCAGCUCUUAGCAGGGAGGAGAAUGAGGGUUCUCUUCAAGUCUGAUAAAUUGUAUCAAGGGGCCUCAUUCUGUCAUUAUGAUCAGUUGGUGAUUUUGGGUAACCUGAAUUUGCAUGAUGGCCAUGCACCAAUUGGUUGAUAGACAUGAGCACAACAUUCGGUUUAAAAAGCAGUUGGUACAGUGGUGAAAUGAGUAGCUUGUUUGUGGCUAGAUUAACUUCUUAACAUGUAUAUUCCAUCCAUCAUUGCUGGAGAUAGAAUAGGGUUUCUGGAGCCAUGACACCUGGUGUGCAUGUUGCAACGUUGAAUGUCUAUCAUGCAUAUAUAAUUAUACUAUAAUAUAAAGUUCAAGUGCAUGAAGAACCAACAAUUACCUAUAUGGAUGACUUAAACAACUCAUCACCACCAGGUUCAUCUAAAAUGCUGAUUUCUUAUCAUCUUACUAGAUGAGCAGAAACUGAACUCACAAAUUCCCUUAUCUUCCUCAGCCUUAAGCAUUCAACGCAUUCUUGUCUGAAUAUAAACUGGGUGGUGCUUCUGACUAACUGACUGAGAAAAAUGAAGCAGAAUUGUAUUAGAUGGGAAUCAUUGAAACCUGAGAAGAGCAGAUAAGAAGGUAAAUAAAAGAGAUGAGAGGGAAAUGAAUAAGAAACAGAGAAAAUGGAGAACAUAGCUGUUUUAGAGAGCUGGUAUGCUGUUGCACUCUGCUUACUCACAGAAUGUUAUUGGAUAAAAUAGCUUAGGGCUGCAGAGGGUUUUUGCUGUUUUUUCAUAAAGGCAAAGGUUUUGAGCACGACAAUGCUGUGUUUGAAAUGUGCAAGGUCCUAUAUAUUGAGAUAUAUAUAAUUUUUGAUUGAUGGGUCACCCUGGUUUUAGUUUUAAAGUUUAAUAUGACGAGGUUUACCUGAUGUUAAGAGAACAAAAUAGAUGGCAUCUUUCCCUCCAAUCCCACUCUCCAGCCAUCUGACUGUAGGGGUGUGGAACCAUACUUGGAAACCCAUAUUGUAAUACAAAAACAUGUAUUUAGCUUUUGUAAGGAAAUAGAAGGUGAAACUUGGUUUCUGAUUUCAUGCAAGCUGCUUCAAAUUAUUUUCUUUUGAGAUUUUUCUGUUGAGGAACUUGGGAUAGGGGAAAACAAGUUUAUCUUUCCCCUGCAACUACUUGUAUUCUUAGCAUCAGUAUGUUUAUUCAUUUUUUGUUAAAUGAUAGCAUGGUUCAUUUCCUGUGCUGCAGUAUGAAACUUAGCAGUUUAAUAGACUACGAAUAGAACAAUAGAUAGAUAAUGAGAUGUAGACUUGUAUUGGUAAAAGCAAGAAGAUAAAAAACGCAUGUAGAAUACUCUACAGGAAACUUGAAGUUUGGUUGCCAAAUCUGCUGAUGCACAUUGGUUUCAUUGACUUUGAACCCACUUCUAGUUGUGCUGCAUUUGUAUGUCUUGUAUGCGACUACUUUUGUAUUCAUGUGUAUAUGCUUUCUUGUGUCCCAGAUCACCAUUUUGCAGAGGCUUCACAAAGGUUCAUUUAUCAGCUCUCCUAGUACCUCCUUAUUUAUAAAGUCGGCAUAACCUCAUUGGAGAGGAAACUGGCAAGCAUGGAGAACGAGAAGUUUUAUUUUUGAGCAAUAUCUGUUAUGUCACUUUCAUUAUUACUCAGCAUUUCUAUUCCUUUUUUAAGUAGGAAUACAAGUGUCAUUUCACAUUCAUUUUUCAUUCUCUUUCCCCCAACUACUCUCUGUACUCGAGGGUACUUACAGCUUUACAACUAUUGUUCUAACUAAAAGUCACUAACUCCUUCCCACCUCUCUACCAUGUCGUGCUAUUACAGUUAAUCUAUUAUUUCUACAUGCAUCAAUUCCAGAAUUUGUAGGAGUCUUACGUGGUUCUUUAUCACCAGCAUUCUAAUUUGUGAGGUAUCUAUUGAAAUCCUUUACAAGGAUAUAUGU